AUGACCCGCCGCGGUGUUAACCCAGCCACUGCGGAGCCCAAUCCCGCAGUCCCCGUCGCUACUCAGGAGGACCUUGACAAGGCAGUCCAAGCAGCCCGCGCCGCUUUCAAGACAUGGUUUAGAAGCUCUUUCGAAGAGCGUCGAGCUGCCCUCCACGCCUAUGCUGUUGCGAUUGAAGCUAAUAUCGAUGGAUUCUCGAAGACUCUCACCAUGGAGCAGGGCAAACCCCUGUCGCAAUCUACCACUGAGGUCCGUAUGGCGGGCACCUGGAUACGGGGACUCAGCAGCAUUGAGAUUCCUACAAACACUAUUGAAGAGACCGAAGACUGCAAAGUUAUUCAACGUUAUACCCCCAUAGGAGUGGCGGCUGCUAUUGUACCUUGGAAUUUCCCGGUACUCUUGGCUGUCGGGAAGAUCGUGUCUGCCGUAUAUACUGGUAACACGGUCAUUGUGAAACCAUCCCCUUUCACCCCAUACUGCGACUUGAAGUUAGCGGAGCUAGCAACGCGGUUCUUCUCUCCGGGUGUGGUACAGUGUCUGAGUGGAGACGAUAGUCUAGGCCCUAUGAUGACUGAGCACCCUGGUAUUGAUAAGAUCUCGUUUACUGGAUCGAUUGCGACUGGUAGGAGAGUCAUGGCUAGCUGCUCUAAGACCCUGAAGCGUGUGACACUUGAACUGGGUGGUAAUGACCCGGCGAUUAUUUGUGACGAUGUAGAUUUGGAUGCAAUAAUCCCUAAAGUCGGAAUUACCUCCUAUUUAUGCAGCUCCCAAAUCUGCAUGAUUAUAGAGCGACUCUAUGUGCACGAGAAAAUCUACGACCAGUUCUUGGAGAAGUUCGUGACAUUCGUUAAGUCUCUCAAGGUUGGCGACGGCACUGAGGGCGAUGUUUUCUUCGGUCCCGUCCAAAACAAGAUGCAGUUUGAAAAGGCCGAGGAUCUCCUCCAUUCUAUCUCCAGAGAGAAGCUCCAUACUGUCCUUGGCGGCUCGAUCAAAGAGUCAAAGGGAUAUUUUAUCCACCCGACCAUCGUCGAUGACCCGCCCGACACCUCGCGUGUGGUUCAAGAGGAAGCAUUUGCCCCUAUCCUCCCCGUUAUGAAGUGGUCUGAUGAGGAGGAUGUGAUCGAAAAGGCUAAUGCACUGGAAACGGGUUUAAGUGCCUCUGUUUGGAGCAAGGACUUUGAGCGCGCUACUCGUAUUGCAGACCAAUUGGAGUCUGGGGUGGUCUGGGUGAACUCACACCUUGAUGCUUCGGCUACAGCGCCGUUUGGUGGGCACAAACAGAGUGGCAUCGGUGUUGAAUGGGGUCUGACUGGACUAUUGGGAUACUGCAACUCGCAGACGCAGUGGUUGAAGAAGUGCUUCUAG